AUGAGGGAGGCGCGACGCGACUCCGGGCCCAACCCCCAGGGCCGAGAGGCCCCGCACAGAGUGGUGCGGCCCCCGCCCCCAAGCCGCGGCUCGGGCCAGGACCUCAACACCGACGCUGCGGAACCCGCCCGACGGCCCGGCCCCGCCCCCGCCCGGGCAGCUUUACGGCGGAGGUCGCGCCGCGACGUGGGAGGCCGACGCUGCCUCUUCCGCGAUGUCCAGGCUGUGUACAGGUUCCCUGGUCAGGUGUGGCACCUGGAGCUCUCGGCCCUCCGCAGGCUGCUGUACGUCCUGUGCGCCCAGAAAGGCAUCUACUCCUUGCCGUUGGACCAGGCGAGCAGGUCCGUGAACCAAGGUGAUGGGGAUGACAGGGACAGCGAGGACAGUGAGGACAACGAGUCCCCUUACGCUGUGAUCCCUGUGGACCCAGAUGCCUGCCUCCUCCCGGAUGACACUCUGUGCACUUUCACUGUGGUCGAUGACAUGCUCGUCACUCUGGCACAGGGCCCUGCCCAGUGGAAGUUACAGCUGUUUGAGUGCCCUUGUCCAGGGGAGGACGCCAGACCCGCAGGCCAGAUCGGCGAGGUGGAGUUGUCCACCUGCAGCCCCCUGGCUGGGGCCCUUGGGGAGCUCACAGCCCCCCACUUCCUCCCAGUGCUGUGCUGUGUGUCACCACCAGGCAGCCACGCUCUGCACAGCUGUUCGCGGGGCUCCCGGGGGUUCUUCCUGGAACAGGCCCUCUUUGGGCUCCUCUUUGGAGUUGAUGCCUCCCUUUUGGAAUCACCUGUGAUCGUCUGUGGUCUCCCUGAUGGCCAGCUCUGCUGUGUGGUCUUGAAGACCCUGGUCACCUCAAGGUUGUCCCCUGGUGACCCAAAGGCCCUUGUCAAGAUCCUCCAUCACCUGGAGGAACCCAUUGUUUUCAUCGGAGCCUUGAAGACAGAGUCAUUGCCCGAGGACAUGGAGGACACACACCCUGACUGCCUGGUGGCCCUUGGUCACGGUGGCCGGAUCCUGGCCAUCAAGGCCAGCUGGGACGAGGCGGGCACUCUGGUGCCGGAGCUGCGGGGGUACCGGCUGCCCGGGCCUGUGCUGUGUGCGGCCUGUGGCGGAGGCGGCCGUGUGUACCACAGCACUCCUUCGGAGCUCUGUGUCGUGGACCUGGCUCCGGGGGGGGGCCCCCGGAAGCCCGUGCAGCCCAGCGUGGCCCCGGGAGGCCUGCUGUCUCUGCUGUGUCCAGCGGGCUUAGGCAUCUGCAGCGUCGUAGCCCUCUCUGUGGCGUCCGAGGGGCCCGAAGGUGGCGCCAGGCUCCUGGCGCUGUCCGCCCGGGGUCGCCUGCUGAUGUGCAGCCUGGACCUGAGCUCGGAGCUGCCGUGCCCCGCCGAAGCGACUGUGGCCAGUACUGGGCAAAAGAUUAAGGAAUUGUUGUCUGGAAUCGGCACCGUCUCUGAGAGAGUGUCUUCUCUGAAGAAGGCAGUUGACCAGCGGAACAAGGCCCUGACGUGCCUCAACGAAGCCAUGAACGUGAGCUGCGUCCUGCUGGCCAGCCGGGAGGGCCCCAGGCCCAUCUCGUGCACCACUACCACCGCCUGGAGCCGCCCGCAGCUGCGGGACGUGCUGACGGCCACCUGCCGGCUGGAGAACAACAGUGGCCUCAGUCUGGACCGGGGCUGGGCCCUGUGUGUGCAGGUGCUGCCCGGCGCCCACCCCGAAGACCCGGACGUGACUGGCUCGGCUACCACCUACACUGUCCCCGUGGACCGGCUGGGCCCUGGCGAUCGGCGGGAGGUGACGCUGCCCCUGGGCCCCGGGGAGGAUGGUGCCCUGGACCUGCCCCUGACGGUGUCCUGCGCGCUCCACUACAGCCUCAGGGAGGUUGUGGGCGGGGCCCUCGCCCCCUCGGAGUCUUCUGAGGAUCUCUCUCUGGAUGUGUGCCCCCCCGCCGUCUUGCCUGGGCAGGACGGCAUCUGCCUGCCCCUGAGCGAGCACACCGUGGACAUGCUCCAGUGCCUGCGCUUUCCUGGCCUGGCCACACCCCACACGCAGGCCCCUGGGCUGCUCAGCCCCGUGUGUGACCCUGUGGACACCUUCCUGGGAGCUCUCCUCGGACCACACAGCGAGCUGGGGGGACCCGCGUCCCUGCGGGCCAAGUUCCUGCCCCCGUCGGUGGCCACGAUCAAGGUGUCCGCAGAGCUUCUGAGGGCCGCCUUGUGGGACAGUCACUCAGGCACGUCCCUGGGCUGCGCCACCCUACAGUGGCUCCUCGCCGAGAACACUGCCCUAGAUGUGCAGGCCCAGCGACUCUCCUCGGUCCAGGGAGUGGCCCCAGAUGGCACUGACGUGCAUCUCACCAUCCGAGAGGUGGCUGUGAGCCCGCUGUGUGCAGCAGGGCCCAUACAGACCGUGGAGAUCCAAGUGGAAAGCUCCUCCCUGCAUAACCUGUGCAGCACGCACCACGCCGUCAUCGGGCGUCUGCAGAGGAUGGUUGUGGAGCAGGCCGCCCAGAGCUCCAGCCCACCCGACCUCCGUGUGCAAUAUCUCCGCCAAAUGCACGUCAACCACGAGACGCUGCUGCGGGAGGUGCAGACCCUUAGAGAUCGGCUGUGCACAGAGGACGACGCCAGCUCCUGCGCCACCGCCGAGAGGCUCCUGCAGGUGUACCGGCAGCUCCGGAGCCCCAGCCUGCUCCUGGUGUGACGCCAGCUGCCCACGGCUCCCCGCCGAACCUGGUCGUGCCGGGCAGUCUCUGGCCUGCAGCACUGGAGCUGGAGCAGCGACAUCCCUCCACCCGGAAGUCAGGCCCCGGACGCGGGCUCCGGGCCCCAGAGUGGCCUGCAGAGGCCACAGAGAGAAUUUCUGGGGUUGGGACUUGUGGGUUUGUGGCUGUGGCUGUUGCCAUUCUCACUGCCCCACUGCCCACUCAUGCAUGCAGAGACCCUUCUGGCCCCCUUGGGGCGCCUGAGCCCUGCUUCUGUGCAGCUCCUGAGGUCACCAGCUGGGACGGCGCUCCCUGUGGCUCCAACACUCCCCAAGCAGGUGCUUCUGGCUGGGGCUGCGCCCGGCGUCCAGCACUGUGCAUUCUUUUCAGGGCUGCGCAGGGGGGCUGUGGCUCAUCUCCACUCUGGUGCUGGUGGGUUUGGGGGGUGCCCCCCAUUUGGACUGGCCGUGGUGCUCUCCUGUGUGUGCGGGAGCGCGAGCGCCUCUGCUGCCGGACAAGUCUACUCUCCGUGUUGAGCUG